AUGUCGCUCUUCUCGCGCCGGAAAACCCCAGAGCAGCUUGUAAAGCUACUAAAGGAUGCACUAGCAGAUCCUUCGUCGCCUGCCAAACCUUCCAAGGACGGGACACCCGUGGAAGAAGUCACGAAACGUUUGAGUGAAAUGAAGGUGUUACUAUAUGGGGAUGGAGAGCAGGAAGCAAAGCCAGAGAAGUGUGUGCAAAUGGCGGAGCUGCUGAUUGCGAGCGGACUCGUUCCUAAGCUCAUUACGGGGCUGGACAAGCUGCCUUUUGAGGCGCGUAAGCAAUUUGCGCAGGUGUACAACAAUCUCAUGCGUCGUGACCUGGCGGGCUUUGUAAGCCACGCAGAAGGCAAGCCUGAGAUCCUCUCGGCACUUGUGACAGGUUACGAAAACCCUGAAGUGGCGCUUAAUUGCGGCACCAUGCUUCGUGAGUCAAUUCGCCACGAGAUUCUGGCAGGCAAGAUACUGUACUCUCCCGACCUGUGGAAGUUCUUCGAUGUGUAUGUGCACCUACCCAACUUUGAGGUCGGCUCGGACGCAUUUGCGACUUUUAAAGAUUUGUUUACACGCCACAAGACUCUAGCUGCUACGUUUUUUACGUCCAACUUUGACGUCGUCUUCGCGAAAUACAAUAGCCUACUGAUGUCCGAGAACUAUGUCACCCGACGGCAAUCACUGAAAUUACUGGGGGAGAUCCUGCUGGAUCGGUCCAAUUUUGACAUCAUGAUGAAGUAUAUUGGGGAGAAGGAAAACUUGAAGAUGAUGAUGAACUUACUACGUGAUACAAGUGCAAACAUCCAGUUUGAGGCCUUUCAUGUGUUUAAAGUGUUCGUGGCCAACCCUAAAAAGCCAGAAGCGAUCUCUCAGAUCCUUGUGAACAACCGUGAGAAACUUAUUGCAUAUCUGAAAAACUUCCAGAACAACAAAGAGGAUCCCCAGUUUAUUGAGGAGAAAGCGUUGCUGAUUAGGACACUGGAGGGUCUAAAGAUUGGCGAAGCUGCAAGGGAAGCAGCAAAUGCCCCGUUGUCACAGUGA